GUUUUCUGGGCUGGACCUGUCCCGGCGGUUUCCGAACGGACCCCGAGGUAAGGAUAAACGUGGCGCUCGACGAAUGAAAGCGACCGUCUAGAGCACCACCGUUCCCCUACACAGUAGACCCCAACGAUAUGGCAGGCGCAGGCGCAGGGCCAGAAAGAUAGAGGAAGAAAAAAAAGUCCAGAAGAGUUGACUGACGACAUGACAUUCGACUAAUUAGCUCUGGACCGCCCCCAAAGCAACUCGAUCCCUUGAAAAACGACUCCACUAUCUGUAGCGACUGUUGGGAAAGUCCAUAUCGAGACUUGCCUCUUUGCAUGCAAAAGCAAACACCGAAUCUCAACAUUUAAACUCGUAGAAUGAGCGUCGGCGCUAACAGUUCUCCUGUUUGUCUUAUCGUCGGCGGCAGUCGGCCAGCGUCCAGAUGAAAGCCUUUACCACCUUCUCGCUCCCAUUGCGCCGGCUUGCCACUCGAAAGCCAUGGACCUGCUCCAGCUGUCGUGGAGGCCCGUUGGCGCAGCAGUCUAGCCGGGCACAACAGCAGCAACAUCAACGAUUUAGCAACACCGCACGCGGGUUCUCUUCCACGACCACGAAAGCCGCGAUAAACCGGGCCAUACCGAAGACCAGCGGUGGUAAGAAAGGUGGUCGCGUGUGGCUUCUUGCUUCAGGCGGUGGCGCUGCGACGGCGGGUGUCCUUGCCUUCGGCGACGACAUCAAGUACGGCUACGACGCGGCAGAGCGAGCAGGCCGUGUUGCGGCUGCGCUCGCAGUAUGCAUUAAUGACUACCGAACGACUCUCAACCAGAAGGAAACGAUUGACGACCCCGAACUAGCAAACAAAAUCUUAAAAGACUGUCACCAGCGAUGCGCUGAUCGAACAUUGAAGGUUCUGGAGAAGAAUGGUGGAAUUUUCAUCAAGCUCGGCCAGCACCUUAGUGCUAUGAAUUACCUGCUCCCGCAAGAAUGGACAAACACCUUCAUUCCGCUGCAAGACAAGUGCCCCGUAUCAUCCUUCGAGUCGAUUGAGGAAAUGUUCCGCAAGGAUACUGGAAAAGAACUCUGGGACUACUUCUCCGAAUUCUCAAACGAACCGAUUGGUGCCGCGUCUCUGGCUCAAGUACACACCGCUACAGUGAAGGACAACGGGAUGCCUGUGGCUGUCAAAGUACAGCACCCGGGACUAGGCCAGUGGUCACAACUCGACCUGGCCCUGACACGGUUCACAUUCUCCACGCUCAAGCGCUUCUUUCCGGAAUACGAUUUGGAAUGGCUCUCUAAGGAAAUGGAUAUCUCGCUGCCGAAGGAAUUGGACUUCAGAGAAGAAGAGCACAAUGCUAAUCGUACGAGGGAACAUUUCGCCAAGCUGCCCGAGCACCCUCUCGUCGUCCCUGGUGUAUUAUGGUCGAAGGAGCGGAUUCUGGUUAUGGAGCGGGUAUCAGGACACCGAUUGGACGACCUCGAGUACCUCGACGCCAACGGUAUUGACCGAGACGAGGUUUCCGCCUGUCUCGCGCGCGUUUUCAACGAAAUGAUCUUUGGCCACGAUGCACCCUUGCACUGCGACCCCCAUGGCGGCAACCUGGCCAUUCGAAAGAACGAGUCCAGACGCGGCAUCCGAGGCGGCCACAACUUUGACAUCAUCCUCUACGACCACGGCCUUUAUCGCGAAAUCCCCCGCGACCUGCAGCGCUCCUACGCCAAGAUGUGGCUCGCCGUCAUCGAUGGCGACAUGAAGCGCAUGCGCAAGUACGCCAAGGAGGUCGCCAACAUCAACGACGACCAGUUCCCCCUUUUCGCCUCCGCCAUUACUGGCCGCGACUGGAGCGUCCUCAACAGUGAGGGCUCCGUUUUGCAGACACGCACGGACGACGAGAAGAAGGAGAUGGGCGACGCACUACAGGAAGGCCUGAUCGUCGACCUCGUCCAGCUCCUUGGCCAGGUCCCGCGCAUUAUCCUCCUCAUCCUCAAGACCAAUGACCUCACCCGCAGCCUGGACGAGAAUCUACACACCCGCCAGGGUCCGAUCCGCUCAUUCAUGAUCCUCGCUCGGUACUGCACGCGGACCGUCUUUGAGGAGCAGCUCGAAGACCUGAAGCAGCGGGGCUCGCUGCUGUGGCCGCCUAAUACAUUGCGCCUCAUGUCCGCGUGGAUCGGCUUCCUGAGGGUGGAGUUCAAGCUUGGAGCCUUUGAGUGGUAUCUAAGCGCUAAGAGGGCGUUUGGAUUCAAGGGCGUUGAAUUCGCGGCUCCGGGCAUGUGAUUGUAUUUGAUACCUGGACAUAUGUAGAGCUUUAGACUUGUAAUUUGACCGUUAGAUGAAUGUACUAGACAACACUUUUCAUGCCUUUUCUGCCUAAAAAUCUUUGCUAGUUUGAAGCGUGGGUCUAAGUUGCUCUGCGAUUACUCUAUCUGCCGCAAUGAAUUCCCAAUCUAGAAAACAAAUGGACU